UGGGCAACUGGUUUAGUGCCUCCAAAGUUUCAAUGGAAAACUAUAGAUUUGGCGUUUGAAAAUGAUAUACAACGAGAUAAGGCAAUCGCUUCAAAGGAAUUUAUUCCUGAGAAUAAUAUGCCGACUGGAAUUGCCAGAUGGAAGUCGAAGCUUUUCAUCACGAUACCUCGAUGGAAAAAAGGUGUCCCAUCCACGCUAAAUUACAUACCCCUGAACUGUGUCCAAAACUGUCCCCUCCAUCCGUACCCCAGCUGGCGGGACGGGUAUCUCCCAGACAGUGCAUCCAAUAUUAACUCUAAUGCAACAAUCGUGUCCACUUUUAGAAUACACGUCGACUCGUGCGAUAGACUGUGGGUUGUUGAUAACGGGGUUGCUGAUAUGGCGAACGAGGUGAAGCAGAUAACCAUGCCUGCUAUAGUUGUGUACAACCUAAACGUCAAUAUGCUGGACGAGAGAUACGAGCUCCAUGACGAUGUUAUCAUGGAUUCUUCAGUUCUCACUAGUAUUGUAGUUGACGUAAAUAAGAACUGCAGAGACGCCUAUGCCUACAUCACAGAUAUGGGUUCAAACGCAAUUGUAGUUUAUAGCUUAAGCAGAAAAGACUCAUGGAGGGUGGAACAUCCCUUUUUUAGUUUCGACCCCUUCGCCGGGUCAUACAAAGUGGGCGGCGUCGAAUUUUAUUGGAAUGAUGGAGUUUCUUCAGCUGCUUUGACGGGAGCUAAAAAAGAUGGGUAUCGUAACCUGUAUGUCCACCCAACGUCGAGUACUAAGCAAUUUAAGUUAUCGACUAAAGUGUUAAAACAAAAGAAUGUCGAGCCUGAAGAUAUUAUUGACGCUGUUGAGGUAGUCGGCGACAGAGGACCCAACACUCAAUCUACGGCAUGUGAUUAUGAUCCUUGUACCAAUGUACUCUUUUACACUCAGCUGAAUAAAAACGGCGUUGGAUGUUGGAACUUAGAUAAGCCGUUCCACGGGGACAAUGUACAUGUUCUUGUCAGCGAUUGUACUUUGAUGGAAUUUCCCAACGAUGUCAAGGUGGACGCAGACUGCAAUGUUUGGAUCCUAAGCGAUCGCCAGUCCCGAUUUCUUUACAACACGAUGAACUACAGCGACGUGAACUAUCGUAUAAUGAGUGCGCCCGCCUGCAUGCUAAUACAAGGCACAACUUGUGAAAACAGUAAAAGCCGUUUCAGCUUGAAACGUUCUGUUAGAGAUUUUAUAAAUUGAGAUCGCAACAUCGUAAAGUCUCGCUCAAGAUGAAUAAUUGUUAAACUGAAGACAAGUGGCCGUGAAAAUAUUUUCAAGUGUUAGUUUUGCCUGAAGUCAGAAGACAGCGAUGUGUAUCCUAUUUUCGUGUAUAUGUAGUACAUCGAGAAAAACUAAACUAAAUUAUAACCGGCGUUUUAUUGUUCUCAAAUUACUAU